CCUCUCUUUCUCUCCCUGCCUUUUCCUUCUCCCUUUUUCCCUCCUAUUUCUUUCUUAUGUCCCUUCCUUCUUUUCACUCACUCAACGUCUUUUUCUAUGUCUUUAACCGUUCUGGUGUCCUGCAGAAGAAGGGAAUGCGCCGCAAUACUAACUGUGAGAUUGAACGAUGUUUAAAAAAAGUGAGUGAAGGAGUUGAGACAUUCGAAGAUAUUUGGCAUAAGCUUCACAAUGCAAUCAACAGUAAUCAGAAGGAGAAGUAUGAGCAAGACCUUAAGAAAGAAAUUAAGAAACUCCAGAGGCUCCGCGACCAGAUUAAAACAUGGGUGGCUUCAAGCGAUGUGAAGGACAAACAGGUUUUGACUGACAACCGGAAGCUAAUUGAAAUGCAAAUGGAGAGGUUUAAGAUUGUGGAGAAGGAGACGAAGACCAAAGCAUAUUCCAAAGAAGGUCUGGGAGCAGCGGCCAAAAUGGACCCGGUCACCAAAGAGAAGGGCGAAACAAUAAACUGGUUAUCUCAUUCUAUAGAUGACUUAAAUAUGCAGCUAGAUAAAUUUGAAAGUGAGUUAGAGACUAUAGUUGCAGGGUCCAAAAAGAAAAAACUAGACAAAGAGAAGAACGAUCGGUAUGAAGAGUUGAAGCAGUGGCAGGACAAACACAAGUUUCAUAUCCAGCGGUUGGAGCGGAUAAUGCGAAUGGUUGAUAACGAUGCUUUACCUCUUGACCAGAUCCGAAAGAUCAAGGAAGAUGUAGAAUAUUACGUGGAUUCGAACCAGGAUCCAGACUUUGAAGAGAAUGAAUAUCUGUACGAUGAUUUGGAUCUUGAAGAUCGGGGUACGGGCAUCUUAGCAACGACACCGCCUGAGAAUGAAGAGCUAGAUAAGCUGUCUAGCACACCAACGUCCACCAACUCAAACUCACCGUCUCCUAGUCCUAGUCUUACCGUAAACCAUUCCAAAGAUAAAAGUGAAGAUCAUGAAAGGAAAAGGCAUAAAUCACAAACUGAGGAAAAGAGUAAAAACAGUCAGAUCUCGGCGUCUACGACGACAUUCUCGUCCUCGUCUUCAUCAAUAUCAAAAGUACCGAAUACGCCAACAAAACAAGUUGUCAGCAAUGCAACCAUAUCUAAUUCUAUAAGCAGCAACCACUUGACAACUCCACCAACGACAACACCACCACCACAGACGCCAUAUGCGGCAGCAGCUGGAGGUCAACAGUCCAACUGUGCCGAGGUGAAGAACCAGCUGAACUCCAGCGACCAGUCAUCUGUGAGUAGUUCCAGUAACAACAGCGCCAACAGCUCAUUAGUGCAGACGUCCGCAGCCAAUUUAACAUCCGUAACGACUGUGUCCAAUAACGUCAGUACAGCGAACUUCGUCGGCAACGCCUCGUCUGUGGCGCAGCAGGGCAUGCCGCGAGGCACGCCGUCACCCCUUCCAAUGGCCUCCAUGCCGGUCAGUUCAGGAACACUCAUCACAUCUCUCUCGUCGUCGGCAGCAGCCUCCCUGGCGAUGAUCUCUUGCUCGUCGUCAACGGCAACGGUGAACACCACCACCACCAACAGCAGCAGUAACAUGUGUAUUAGCAGUGUGACCCCCAGCACCAACCUUCCUGCUGCAAAGUCCGACCUAGUCGUCAUACUCAACGGUCCAGUGAACAACACUAGGCCUUCGCUGAACAAGCUUCAAACAUCUUUCCAGCAUUUGAACCCCUCUCCAACUGCUGACCCUACAAAUAGAUAUAUCUCUGACUCACUGUCCUCCCUCAAGUCAAUAGCACAACAGGCUGUGAUGAGUGCUGGUCUGGAGAAUCACAUACCUACAUCUGAUUCAGUCACACCCGAUAACCAAGGACUCUCCAUUUGUGAUUCCUUUCUAAUUAACCCUUUUUUUUUUCUUUCUUUCUGUCUCUCCUUUAUCCAGGGCACAUAUAUUUAUUUUGAUUACGAGAAAUGGGGCCAACGGAAGAAGGAAGGGUUCACGUUUGAAUACAGGUACCUUGAGGACCGAGAUCUGAAUUAAAGGGUACAGUGUCAUCCUGCGUGUCAGGGUCUGCCAUGUCUUUCCUACAUGAGGGGGCCGUCGCCCGGCCCCUCUCUACUACUGCCAUAGGACAAGAUACCAAGCCUGUCAACCAUGACCUCCCCCACCUCUACAGUCGGCUUUGACUCCCUGAUUGACUCACUGAACACUGCAACACAACCACCACCACCACAACAACACUACUGCAUACACUACAACACUGUGCAGUGCCUGUACACUGCAGUACCUACCAGCUACACCACAACAUAACCAUGCAAUACUAGUACCUAUACUGCAUUACAUACACUACAGUACAGACCUCUGCAAUGCCAGUACCCAUCACUAGACUACCACUACAUUGACACCACCACCACCACCACACUAACAUCACCCCAUCCCCCGUCCCCAUUGUACACCAUCACAACCACCACUACCACCAUCGCCACCUCAUGACUCAGUUAACAUCAUCAAAACUACCACCACCACCACUACCACAACCACACUUUCCCUGCCACUACCACUAACACUACUACUACUGCUACCAACACCACAACCACCGCCACGACCACCACCACCAACAGUGCCAAGUUAGAGAGUCUCUGGUUGAGCCUUCUGCUGCCCUGGGGCAGGUUGAACUUUCUCUCUCUCUCUCUCACAUGAUGAUAAAGUUGAUGUAAACUCCAUCUCACACUCACUCU